ACAACAGGCCUGUUGUUGACAUAAGAUAGGUUCUGUGUACUGAAAGCCGUGCUGACCGAGAGGGACUGUAUGAAGGAUUUUACAGGCAUAUUGUGAGUACAAUUUUGAUUAUUUUCAUCAAACUAUAAAUUUAAGUUAAACAUAACAGUAAAAACUGCAGAACCACGUCACAUUAUUUAUAAGUGAACAUGAGCGAAUUCAGGCUGCAGCAGCUGAAGAGUCACAUUGUCUCUGAAAGACGGAUCACAACUAUGUCAGGCUCACCCAGUCCUCUAACCACCCAUGUGCUGAACACUGCACUGGGAGUCCCAGGAUCAAACAUGACCAUCAAACUUUACCAACAAGACCCUUCAACCAAUGUCUGGCAUCUGAUAACCUCUGGGACAACUAACAGUGAUGGGCGAUGUCCAGGACUGAUCACACAACAGCAGUUUGUACCUGCUGUCUACAAAUUGUACUUUGAGACUGGUCAGUACUGGGCCAGUAUGGGACAGACCUCCUUUUAUCCCUACGUUGAGAUUGUUUUCACUAUAACUGAUCCAGGCCAGAGGUAUCAUGUGGCGCUGCUUGUGAGUCGUUUCUCCUUCAGCACAUAUAGGGGGAGCUAGAGAGCAUCUGUCGUUAACGUCUAGAACCUUCUAUCAACUUAUCACUAUCUGACUGAAAAAAAGCAUCGGCAACUCCACUAAUGACCCUCUUGGCAGCACUACUGGCGAAAUAUUUGUUUAUUUUCCUUGAAGAAAUUAGCACUACAACAUUAAAAUAAAUGAUUAUAUGUAUUACCACAAAACUAUUCUUUAGUCUUACUGGUGCAAACACCAGUAUGAGUUAAUGUUAAACUUUGGUGUUUAUUCUACUGAUUUUAUGAUUAGCUUGCAAUUAUGUGAUUAUUAACAGUGUUAAUUAAUCACAAUUUACAUCUCAAUAGUGUCACAUUAUGUAAAUUAUGCACAAUGUAUAUAAUUCUGCAUAUAAACUAUGCAUAAUUUACAUAAUGUAACAUGUUUACUUUAAUAGAUUCAUUCACAAUGAAAAUGCCUCGUCAUUUUUUUCUUCAGUGUUGUGCAUUUUAAAAAGUAAAACUAACUUUUUUUCAGUAUUUAAAGUCACACUGCAAGCAUUGUAUUUUUGUCAUUAACCCUUUUAAUUUUCUGCAAAUAAAUUCUUGAAAACAUA